CCAUUUCCUAUCCCCCGGUGAGGUCCACCCAAAGUGAUCUUCCUGGAGCAACAUCAUUUCGACAUCAUUCAUCUUUAUAUCUCCUGCUCGUUCCUCGAAGCCCACACUGGAUUAAUUCCUAGCCUUUCUGGAUUACCUUAGCAAACUUCCACUCUCUCUGGCUUUUCUCGCUUGUUGCCUGUACUGGACUGCAAAUUGAUAAAAGGCUCCCGCUAUACCUUUGCUUAUCUAUACUGGAUCUGCCGGAGCUGUUUCCCCUCUCCUUUCAUUGUUUAAAGAAAAGUCCAGGGCUCCGAGUCCAAUUUCUAGGAAAAUGAGCAACACUUCUUCAAACUCAAGUUCGACCUCUUGCGCCAGGCCUGAGGACCGAAUAGGACAAUUACUUGCUGGGCGUCUAGAGCUCACGGGAAUCCUUGGUGUUGGUGCUUAUGGGGUUGUUUAUACCGCUGUCGAUAUCUUCUCCUGCACUCCAUUUGCCGUGAAGGCCCUGUCAAAGAUUGGAUUGGAUGCCCGCCAGAAGCGAUUUCAGCAAAGAGAGAUUGCUCUCCACCACAAGGCUAGCGCUCACCCGGGCGUAGUCUCUCUAGUGAAGAUACUCGACACUGCCGAUUGUACUUUUGUCAUCAUCGAAUACUGCCCUGAAGGUGACCUUUUUACCAACAUCACUGAGCGUGGACAAUAUGUGGGUAAUGAUCUUUCGGCCAAAAGGGUUUUCCUUCAGCUUUUGGAUGCCGUGGAGUACUGCCAUAAUCUUGGGAUUUACCAUCGGGAUCUGAAGCCGGAGAAUGUAUUGGUUUCCAACGGCGGCCUCCAGGUCAAGUUGGCGGAUUUUGGACUUGCUACUACCGAAACUGUCACCUCGGACUUUGGCUGUGGGUCGACAUUCUAUAUGUCACCUGAGUGUCAACAAUCUUCUCCACGCAAUGUUACCUGCUAUGCUUCCGCUCCUAAUGAUGUCUGGUCCUUGGGCGUGAUCCUGGUAAACCUUACUUGUGGCCGGAACCCUUGGAAAAGGGCCUCCCCUUCAGAUAGUACAUUCCGUGCCUACUUGAAGGACCCACGAAUGCUUAGGACCAUUCUGCCUUUGUCCCAGGAGCUUGAUUCUAUUCUUCGAAUGAUCUUUGAGUGCAAUCCCCAGAAGAGGAUUACUAUCCCGGAGUUGCGAUUCCGUAUCAUGUCUUGCCGCAGGUUUACCACUGGACCCAGCCCUAUGGAUAGCCCACCUCUUUCCGAUGUUUCUGAUAGCUCUGAUCUUGUCGAGCCUGAUGUUUUCAAUCUUGCUUCAACACCCUACCAUUCCCAGACUCCAGGCGUUUUCACCCCCGAUUCAACGCCAUCCACCACACCUCAAACAACCCAAGCCUCUCGUCAGAAUCCAUACAUAUUCUCGAAACACCUCGCAAACCCUCCAUCUGAAUCAUCAUCCGAAUCGCAGUACUACGCGUCUAAUGCACCAUCGGGAAAUGCUAGCCCCAUCAUUGCACCCGUCACCCCAUCAGAUUUCCCACCACCACCCGGCCAGAAGUUGUGGCAGUUGCCAAUUUUCCCGUCGAUAGAUGACGUGGAAAGGGUGCAAUCGCCUGCUCUCCCAGUUUCGAAGGGUGUUCAGGUCUUCUAGGUGUGUACCAGGCAGGCCAGACGGAUUUAAUCCUCCGCCAAUACUGCCGCAAGAACAGUCACCGGAGUGGAUACUACCGUGAGGCGCAGAGACCGGAGCAAAACCACAAUUCUUAUUCCUUUUGCCUGGGUUGGCAGGCCUUUUUCUUCUUCCCUUUCCUCGCGACGCGCGAUGAUUUCAUUUGCAUAUUGAUACACUUUCUUGGGUUUGGGCUUUUUCAUGGGUGUGGGAAUGGGUUCUUUUGAAAUUGGUUUCUUACUGUUUUUUUCCUUUUCAUUAUCACUUUAUGGACAGCGCCGGGGGGGGGCAAUAAGGAGUUUUACUGGUUUUCCUUCAUCUUUUAUUAUGUCUUUUCUACUUUUGUUGUUUUCAUUCCUUUCCCUCCCUUCUCAUGCAUACUCUCUCCAGAUCGUGCGCUGGGUAUUCCUACUAGCGCAUGUGAUGGAUCGGACAGGUUGGUAAUUUUUUU